AUGAGAGAAGAGUCUUCCAUCACUCAGCUUAUCUAUUCUCGUGUGUACCAUCCAGAUGAGAAUUCAAGCCAAAGCCCUGAUCAGGGCCCUCAGAGACCACCUCCUGGAGAAUGCCCACCUAGACCCAGUCCUGAUGAUAGAAACCAAGAUGGUGGUUCUCAACAGAGAUCACCUGCACCAGGAGGCCAUCACCACCAUCAUUCCCCACCUUGUCCACAAGGCCAACAAAGACCACCUCAACAAGAAGAUGAUCAACUAAUUCAUUGCCCACCUCGUCCUGAGGGCCAACAACAACCACCCCCAGAAGGAAGCCUCCAUCAUCUUCCUCCCACACCUCCUCCUGAAAAUCAAAAAAGGAAUAGACAACCAAGACCGGCCCAAAGGCAACCACCCCAGUAA